AUGGUGAGGAGUGUGCGACCGCCGCUGGAUGGGGAGGUCCAGCUGGAGGAGGCGGCGACCUCUGGACGACGGCGGUGGGUGGCGGAGGGUGAUUUGUGGCGCCUGCAGCAUUCCAGGCUGGCGCUGCACCGCGUCGCCCGCCUCUGCGAACGACACUUCGGGAUCGCGCUGGUGCUGUGCGUGAUCCGGAGCUCGACCCGCAUGUUCCUGCUGACGUACGGCGUCGUGCUGAUGGUGACGCGAUUGCAGUUCCUCGAGAGCGUGCUUAUCGUCGCCGGGUGUGUGGCCUGCACGAAGCUGGUGGUCGCGGCGGGUAACCUUCUGGCCGUGUGCUGGGCCUGUUCCUCCGCAGUGGACCGUGCCGCCACGGUGGGCAGGCUGGUAGACCGGAUCCUGGCUCUCCCGCUACCUUCUCCGGCGCCACGUGUUCUGCACCUGUCGGUGGGGAGGCUCACGUUCUCUGCCGCCGGCUUCUUCGACAUAGAUCUGCACUUGUUUGUUGCUGUUGUUGGCACCGUCGUAACUUACAUUGUCAUACUCGCACAGUAUUUUGUAUAA